GAAACAACAUAUGUUUGACUCAAUGCGGUCUUCACUUUGCAGGUUUGCACCGGCCAUCUUUUAAAGUCACCGGAGUGUUUGUUUGCCUAAAAAACGGUUUCAAAAUUAAACUUGUAUUAAUGUCAGAACCACAGUCGGCCCUCCUAUUACGCAAACAGCUGGCAGAACUGAACAAAAACCCGGUGGAAGGGUUUUCUGCGGGCUUGAUAGACGACAAUGACAUAUACAGAUGGGAAGUACUCAUCAUAGGUCCACCAGACACCCUAUACGAGGGCGGAUUCUUCAAAUGCCACCUGUACUUUCCCAAAGAAUACCCGCUGAGGCCGCCCAAAAUGAAAUUCGUCACGGAAAUCUGGCAUCCCAACAUUGACAAAAACGGGGACGUGUGCAUUUCGAUAUUGCACGAGCCGGGCGAUGAUAAGUUUGGUUAUGAAAAGGCCUCGGAGAGGUGGCUGCCAGUGCACACAGUAGAAACUAUCUUAAUAUCAGUUAUAUCAAUGUUAGCCGAUCCAAAUGAUGAAUCACCUGCCAAUGUUGAUGCUGCAAAAGAGUGGCGAGAAUCCUAUUCAGAAUUUAAAAGGAAAGUAGCAAGAUGUGUUAGAAAGUCACAGGAACAGGAAGAGUGUUAGUAAAAAAAACAUGGACUGUUUCGUACAUAUACAUUUAAACAAAAAAAUUAAAAAAAAAAACCAAUUCAUGUAAAAAAAAAACUUCAACAACCAAUAAUAAAAUAAAAAAAAACCGUUUCGGUUCCUGAUUUGUUGAAAUCAACCUAAGCUAAUUCUUUUGUAAGUCUUUUCAGCCGUAGAUUUUUUAUACAAUAAAAACUAUAAACGUGCCGAUUAUUUCGACAGCUCAGGAAUCUUGGGUAACAUUUUCUGCAGCUUUUUUGUUUAUUGUGAAGAUCUCAGGCCUGUAAUAAUGGAUGCCGGUUCUCGAUCGAACUACCACAGACUACUGUCCAAAAACCCAACCCCCAGCCCCCUCCAACCAACUACCACAACAAUUCGGGACGAUUGCAUUUUUUGUUCGUUAUGUUUAUCUCCACCCACUCCGAACCCUCAAUCAAGCAAGGAUUCAUUGAACUACUUGGAGCAACAGACUGCGGUUAAGCGAAUUUGUGUUCUGGUCAAACCUAAAUGACAUCAAUUCAUAAUUCUGUAUAACUUUCUUAGAUAUGUAAAUUCAAUUGUAAUAUUCUAGGCGACAUAAUUUAAGUAAAUUUUAUUAAGAAAAUA